UGCGUUUGGAGAACUUGAUAAAGCAUCGCAUUCCUGUAUUUAUAUUGAGACACAGUUAUUAAACAAUGUGAGAAUUUGGAAAUUACAAAAAAAUUUAUCUCAGUGUGUUUCUUUUUGGACAACAUAUUCUUAUUAAAUAAUAUCUUCCCACUGGAGUUGGAUUUCGCAAGAAAAACCCCAUAACAAUGUCUGAAGAGGAUACUAUCGGAAAAGAAACAGCGAUGCAAAUUGAUUUAUGAAGUAAGUAAGAUUGAUGUGCAUUAAAAGCCAGAUUCAAAACGAGUUACUAGUUAUGCAGUUACGAUGACACGGCGAGGACUCGUGCGAUGUACGAUGCUAUUUCUGCCGCUCGUUCUCUACUUGUACUUUUCCGUAGUGUUCGAGCUCAUGGCCAAUGUGUCGGAGGAGGACGCUGUUCACAAAGAGAUAACACACACAGCUCUCGCCUCCAAAACGACUAUUUCUUAUUUCCGAAAGACUAAACCGGUUGACACAAGUUUUCGUGAAAAAACGUUACGAUAUCAACGUAGAAAUGACAGUGAUUCUGUGAACCCUUGUGAGGGAUAUAAAACGAAAUGUCUAUACAAGAAUGCACUUUUCACGUGCGAAAAUAUCAAUCAGAUUGAACUCCGUGAGAAAAUAGGACACGGUGUCACAAAGCAGGCGUUUCUCGGGUUUUACAGAGGAGAGAAUGUGGUAGUUAAAAUGGUGACACGUCACCAGAAAGAGGCUCGGGAGUGUUUGGAUGGGUUGUCGGGUAGUGCUCGAUCAGACGGGUUUAAACGGUCAAGGUGCUUUAUAUUUCCAACAAUGAAAUUAAUGAAAGAAAUUCUAUUACUUCAACAACUACAACAUGAAGGAUUUCUGAGAUUACUGGGAUACUGUGUACGGAGCGAGGAGUCGGACAGCACGGACCUGACAGAACACGGUGUGGUCGCAGUGUAUGAAAAAGGAACGAGUAUCUCUGUAGCAAAAUUAACAGACCUCCCCGUGCGGGAUAAAAUUCUCCAAUCUCUGCAUCUGAUUUCAUUUUUUCAGUAUUUGGCAAAUUCACCGCUAGGGUCAUUGAGGAUAAGAGACUUCAAAAUAGACCAUUUUCUGAUGGUGAAUUCUACUAUAAAGAUGAUUGAUUUAGAUGACGUAGACAACUUAGAACCAUCGUGUGACGCGUACUCCGUGGAGAGCAACACGCGGCGACAUCCCUGCAGAUACGGGAUCAGCUGUGAGAUGGGGUUAUGUCAAGGUCACAACGCCAAACGCAACUUGGAGCGGGCGAGCGAAUUAUUCUUCAGGCAUCUCCUCUCCCCUGAUGCCUUUCCAAGAAAGUGUUUUCAACUGCUACAGGACAUUAAUCAGAGUCUGCGCGAAUUGUCAUUGAAUUAUAACGGUAUACGAAGAUCACUGACGAAAUUAUUGAACUCUGUCAUUAAUCUGCAUUAACGGCUGCUUUCAGGGGCCCGUUUUAUGGAGUAAAUCCCAUUAUUCAUUCCAUUUAUUGACCUCCAUGUUUUAAGUUUACCCUAAUGCAUGGUUUUAUAAGCUGAAAUUCCUGUACUGUCUCUACCAAAAAAAACAAAAAACCCAAAUCCUAUCUCACAAUGGUGAAUCGACAGACGGCAGUUGGAAAUUGCGUGUCACUAAAUGCCUGAACCAUAUGAUAGAUUUGAUAAAAAAAACAUCUUGCU